ACGAAGAAGUAGAAAACUUCUCUUAGUUCAUACAUACAGUCAUUCGGCUUUUUUGUCAUCUUGUUUCACUGUCAACAUAUAGCCACUUCUCUUGACACAUUCCCUUUUUCUCUUUCACACUAUUUGAAAUAACAGAACCAAACUUUCUAGGAAUAUCCGAAGAACAAGAAAAAAAAAAUCAGAUUUUUAUAACUGGGUAUCUUCAAGAAAUACGAAAGAUCGAGACCUUUAAAGAAAAGAUGAUUCCGUUGUUGAUCACGCCAGCUCUUCAACUAGCAGAGCUUUUAGUAAGCUCCGUCGUUCAUAUUCUAUUCGGGCUUUACCUCUUCAGCUCAGCCAUCGCCGGAGAUCUCACUCAGACGUUGGUUGAGUCAGUCUUCAAGCCCAAGCCCACCAUUGAAGUCAAACAAGGGAACACAACAACAGCACAAGUCAACGACUUGACUCCCAUUGUUUUAGUCCAUGGCAUUUUCGGUUUUGGCAAAGGAAGGUUAGGUGGUUUAUCAUACUUUGCUGGUGCUGAGAAGAAGGAUGAGAGAGUGUUAGUGCCUGAUUUGGGUUCUUUGACGAGUGUACACGAUAGGGCGAGAGAGUUGUUUUAUUACUUGAAAGGUGGACGAGUUGAUUACGGUGAAGAUCAUAGUAAAACUUGUGGGCAUUCUCAGUUUGGUCGUUUUUAUGACAAAGGGGAGUAUCAAGAAUGGGAUGAAGAUCAUCCUAUUCACUUUGUUGGCCACUCUGCUGGUGCUCAAGUUGUUCGUGUGUUGCAGCAAAUGCUCGCUGACAAGAUGUUUGAUGGUCAUGAGAACACAAAUGAGAACUGGGUGUUGAGUUUAACAUCCUUAUCAGGAGCAUUAAAUAGGGGUACUAGAACCUACCUCGAUGGAAUUCAGCCAGAGGAUGGCAAGUCCCUCAAACCCAUAUGUCUACUCCAGAUUUGUAGACUCGGAUCCAUCAUCUACGACUGGCUAGACAUCUCCUGGCUCAAAUCCUAUUACAACUUCGGGUUCGACCAUUUCAACCUGUCCUGGCAGAAGACAGGCCUACGCGGCCUCGUGGACUGCCUUCUCGGAAACGCAGGCCCAUUUGCAUCGUCAUCUGGAGACUGGAUCUUGCCUGACCUCUCCAUCCAAGAAACAAUGAAGCUCAACGCUAAUCUCAAGACGUUUCCAAACACGUUCUACUUCAGCUACGCGACUAAGCGUACUAGAAAACCACCUCUUGGGGGAGUGAUGGGUAUACAUCCUUUGCUUUCCAUUAGGGUCUUGCAGAUGAGUCAGUGGCGUUACCCUCGUGACAUCCCUCUGCCUUAUAAGGGCUACAGAGAUGAAGAUUGGCAGGACAAUGAUGGAGCGUUGAACACUGUAUCUAUGACUCAUCCACGGAUUCCUGUUGAGCAUUCGAAUCUCGUUGUUCGUAGUGACUCAGAUUGUCUCCCGCUACAACCAGGCAUUUGGUACUAUAAGAUUGUGGAGGCGGAUCAUAUAAUGUUCAUUUUGAAUCGAGAGAGAGCAGGAGUGGAGUUUGAUUUGAUAUACGAUGAUAUAUUUGAGAGGUGCAGGAAACAUGUGUUCAGGCAGAGCCCUCAGACAAUGCCCAACAAAGAUCAGAGGAAGCUAGGAGAAGACAAAGAAGAAUAGGGAGAGGGGCAAAAGUGUGAUGAACAAAAUGUGUAUAAUAGCUUUGUUUGUUACACAAGUUACAACAGAAACCUUAAAGCUCACGUUUGAUGUUAAUGGCUUAUUAUAUAAAAUAGCUGUUCCAUCAUCAUGAUCAUAGAAAAAUGUGUUUGUUACAA